GCAGACUGUACCAGACCAAAGAGAGGCACAGAGAGGAGAGAGCAGAUCACGUCAGAGUUUAGAGAGGACAGGACCAGAGAGGAGACCCCCGUCAGAGCUUAGAGAAGACCAGAGAGUAUCAGACCAGCGAGACCCCCCCAUUCAGAGCUCAGAGAAGACCAGACCAGCGAGACGCUCCCGGUCAGAGCUCAGAGAGUACCAGACCAGUGAGACCUCCCCCAGUCGGAGCUCAGAGAGGACCGGACCAGUGAGACCCCCCCCAGUCAGAGCUCAGAGAGGACGGGACCAGUGAGACCCCCCCAUUCAGAGCUCAGAGAAGACCAGACCAGUGAGACGCUCCCGGUCAGAGCUCAGAGAGGACCGGACCAGCGAGACGCUCCCGGUCAGAGCUCAAAGAGGACCGGACCAGUGAGACCCCCCCCAAGUCGGAGCUCAGAGAGGACCGGACCAGCGAGACGCUCCCGGUCAGAGCAAGGGCAGCGAGUCUCAUCUGAUCCUCCCUGCUGCACUCCAGAGCGUUUCUCCGGACACGGGAGCGCAGCGGGCGCUGAGAGGAGCUAUGAUGACGGGUUCCUCCUGGUCCAGCCGGGGGCCCCUCCUGAUGCUGCUGCUGCAGCUGGGCCUCCAGACUACAGCCUCUGCAGACGCCCCUCAGGGUUUCUGUCCCUUCCAGAGACGUCUGAGUACUAGGACCCGGUGCGUGGACAGCCAAUUGGGCUUAUUCUACCAGUCAUGCCCCUCCGGCUACAAAAUCGAGAGGGCGCAGGGCAGCAAACACACUACUGUCUUCACUUCUCUGUCGGGCUGCUCUAAGGAGUGUUACCGGGACGUGGAGGAGCAGAGGUGCUGUCCCGGGUACUGGGGCCCGGACUGCAUGGAGUGUCCUGAGCGGGCUGAGCGGCCGUGUAACGCCAAAGGAGUCUGCUCUGACGGCAUGGGGGGAAAUGGAACCUGUAGUUGUCAGGAUGGAUUUGCAGGAACUGCCUGUGAGGACUGCUCACCCAACAGAUACGGUCAGGACUGUCGCUCAGAGUGCAGGUGUGUGCACGGCGUGUGUAACAGCGGUAUGCGGCAGGACGGGUCGUGCACCUGCUUCUCAGGGUACAAAGGCCCCGCCUGCGACCAAGAGCUCCCUGACUGCGCGGCGCUGAGCUGUGGGCUGAACUCCGUCUGCAGGGAGGAGGCUGCAUCGGGCCUGCUGGGCUGCCAGUGCGCCGUCGGCCACCAGCAGUCAGGGGACAAGUGCAUCUCCAUCAACCCCUGCCUGCAGCGGCCGUGCCACGCCCUGGCCGCCUGCGCCCACACCGGCCCCGCCCAGCACGUCUGCGCCUGUCCCGUUGGCCACGAGGGCGACGGGCGCGUCUGCUCCCCCGUGGACCCCUGCCAGAAGGACCAAGCCGGCUGCUCCGCCCAGACCACCCGCUGUGUGUACGACGGGCCCGGGGCCUCCCACUGCGAGUGUCUACCUGGGUUCCAUGAGCUCGACCACGCCCUCCGCUGCCACCUGAAGGACGCCUGCACACCAGACGCCUGCCACGAGAAGGCCAACUGCACCACGAUCAAACCCGGAGUCACUCAGUGCACCUGCCCUGAGGGUUACCGUGGCAACGGCAAAGUGUGCUACGGCAACAUCAUGCAGCGUCUGAGGGACCUGAACACAGAGCCCGGUGGCCAGUGGACGGGCCAGCUGACCGAAGCCCUGACGCUCUUUGGGUCGGUCUCCUGGCCGCUGGAGAAGCUGGGCCCCUUCACCGUGUUCGUCCCGAUCAACAGAGCAUUCCGGUACAGUCCGAGCAAGUCCCUCGUGGUGGACGCGGUGAAGGCGAAGUACCUGUGUAAGCUGCACAUGGCCGCGGGUACCAUACGCCGGGACGGCCUGAAGAGGACGGGCGUGUACUACACGCUGACCGGGAAGGCCGGGGAGGUCGACAGCGCCAGCAAGGCGGCUCUGAGUAGGAUCCGACUCCGCGGCAGCAGGACGAAGGCGGCGAUCGUGGAGCCCGACGUACUCGCGUCCAACGGGAUGAUCCACCUGGUCAACAAACUGAUCGAGAACAUUCCGCCCACCGUGGACAGCGAUACGCAGGAGAAUCUGAUGAAGGUUAUUUCCGACUAUGGAAAGUUUUCCAAGUUCAAGAGUUUAUUAGAGAGAGCCAACCUGUCCCCCCUCAUGGACUCCCCUGGUCCCCACACCGUGUUCAUACCAACCAACAACGCCUUCAGUGCCAUGGAGGAGGGACAGCUAGAGUACCUCACCACUGAUGAGGGCCACGGCAAGUUAGUGGAGCUGGUGCGGAACCACGUGGUGGAGUCCUCAAGGCUCGAGGUCUACAACGUGGUGUCCGGCCCCAGAGCUUCCUCCAUGGCCAAUCAGGUUCUGUUAUUCAACGUGUCGGAGAACGGCCGGGUCUCGGUGAACGGGAUGGCUGUCCUGGAGGCGGACGUGGAGACCAGGAACGGCCAGCUGUACUCCCUGGACGGGGUGCUGAUCCCAGCCUCCAUCCUGCCUAUUCUCCCCCACCGCUGUGACGUGUCGGAGACCAGGCUGGUGGAGGGCAAGUGUGGGAGCUGCAGCAGACCAUCUCUUUUACAAUGUCCGUCUGGAGAUAACUUGGUUUUGACCUUCGGCUGCCUCUACCAAUUCAACCUCAUGUCGAGGAACAAUAUGACACUCGGCAUAAGAGGCUGCGCUCCGCGCUGCAACACCACCACCGUCCGGCGGGCCUGCUGUCCGGGGUUCUACUCAGCAGACUGCCGUCCCUGUCCAGGAGGCUUCCAGAACCCCUGCUCCGGACACGGCCAGUGCAUGGAGGGUCUGGCGGGUAACGGGACGUGUAUCUGCAGGCCGGGCUUCAGAGGGUCCCGCUGUCACUACUGCACCCUCUCAAACAAGUGCGGCCCGGGCUGCAGCAGAACCUGCCCCUGCCUCCAGGGUACCUGUGACAACCGGCCCGACUCCGACGGCCGCUGCCGCCCGGACUCCUGCCUGCCCGGCUACACGGGGGCCCACUGCGAGAGACACACGCAGGCCUGCGGUCCCAACGUCCACUUCUGCCACGCCAACGCCGACUGUGACUUCAGCCAGGGGCCGGCCCAGUGUGUCUGCAAGCCCGGUUACCAGGGCGACGGGAUCAUGUGUGUGGAACGAGACCCGUGUGCCGCCCCAUCAAGAGGAGGCUGCGGCAGUAAUGCGAAGUGCAUAAAGACGGGCCCCAAAACACACGUCUGCCAGUGUCUGAAGGGCUGGGCCAUGGACCAGGACGAGUGCCAGCCAAUCAAUGACUGCAACGGCCCUGGCAGAGGAGGUUGCCACGGAAAUGCCUCCUGCAUCUACAUCGGUCCCGGCCAGAGUGACUGCAUGUGUAAGACGGGUUACCAAGGAAACGGCAUAGACUGUGAACCGGCCAACCUGUGUGUAUUCCAGAAUGGACGAGGUUGUCAUUUUCAAGCCACAUGCCAGUUUGUCUCUGGCCAGUGGGGAUGUGUCUGUGAGGAUGGAUACGCUGGCGACGGAGAAGUUUGCUACGGCACGGUGGACCAGGAGCUGAUCGCUAUUCCAGACGCAUUAGAGUUCCUCUCAUGGGUGACAGCUGCGGAUCUGGGCCAGUCUCUGUCGGAGCAGAACCUCACCCUCCUGGUGCCCACCUCCGCAGCCAUCCAGAGCCUGGCUGCAGACGACAAGAGCUUCUGGACCACCAAGGGAAACCUUCCUAGCAUGAUCCGGAACCACGUGAUCCAGGGGAUUUACACGCUGUCUGGCCUCAUGGCGUCCACCUCGCCGGUCACCUCCCUCCUCAACACCUCCCUCUCUGUGGGCGAGACCUCCCAGGCUGUGACCAUAGGGGGGGCGGCCAUCACACUGGCCAACGUGGCCGCCACCAACGGACUGAUCCACGUCAUCGAUAAGGUUCUAGUCCCGGAGAGGACACACAGCCAGGGACUCCUGGAGCUGUUGAGACCCAAGUUCUCCCUGUUCCGGGCCGCCCUCAUCCAACACAAUCUGACGGAUGAGAUCGAGCUGGCGGAGGAGUACACCAUCUUCGCCCCGACAGACAGCGCUGUGAGAGACUACCUGCGCACAACGUCUGCCAAUGUCCUGGAUGUGAACACCACACGCUACCACGUCCUGCUCCAUGAGCGGCUCCUGAAGACAGAGCUGCAGGCCGCAGGGUAUAAGAAGACUAUGCUGGGGUUCUCCUACCUGCUGGCCAUCUUCCCCAGAGAUGGAAAGCUGCUGGUGAACAGCGCCCAGCUGAACGUGUCCAACCUCCUGACGGCUAAAGGCGUGGUCCACGGCCUCGCCUCGGUGUUGGAGAUCAACCGGAACCGCUGCGACACCGUGCGCGUCGUGGACGUGGUGAAGACCCACUGCGUGAACUGUUAUACCCGGCCCCGGUGCCCCCUCGGAUACACCCACCAGAACACAAUGGAGAGGCACUGCGGUGUGCGGGCGAAAUUUCCAGGUCACUCCUGGCAGUUCUACGACUGCGAGAGCGCCUGUGAGAGAACCGUGGAUGUGCCGCGCUGCUGCGCCGGGUUCUUUGGGCGGUACUGUGAGCCGUGUCCCGGGUACGACGGCCAAGUCUGCGCGGGUCAGGGGGCGUGCGAUGACGGGACCAAAGGAACCGGGCGCUGCACCUGCCUUCAGUUCUUCAACGGAACCGCGUGUGAAUCCUGUGUCGCAGGGAAGUACGGGGUUCACUGUGACCAAGACUGCUUGUGUCAGAGCGGCCGAUGCAUGGACGGGCCCCUGGGGGACGGGACCUGCGUGUGCGAGGUCGGGUGGAAGGGAAUCCACUGUGACGAAAAGGUGGACUCCGGCGCUGACGAGCUGUGUGGAGCGGCCAAGUGCCAUACCAGUGCAAAUUGUAUCACCAAGAUGUCCCAGAUGCAGUGUGUCUGUGCUGCUGGGUUUGAGGGCAACGGUACUGACUGCAGAGCGAUAGACCCCUGCAGCGGGGCCAACGGUCACUGCAGCCCCCAUGCGCUGUGCAAGCGGACCCAGCCAGGCCGGAGGGACUGCCUGUGUCUGCCCGGGUACCAGGGGGACGGUCUUGUCUGCGUGGAGAUCGACGCGUGUGCCCAAGGAACCGUCCACUGCCACACGAACGCAGACUGUAUUCACUCUGGACCCAACAAGACGGUGUGCGUGUGUCAGCAGGGUUACUCGGGAGAUGGACAGGUUUGCGAGAUGAUUGACCUGUGUCGCAAGGGAAACGGACAGUGCCAUUCCAGGGCCAAGUGUAACACCACCGCUCCCGGCGUUCGAACCUGCACCUGUCGCCCUGGCUGGAUGGGAGACGGAGCCUACUGCAAAGGAACCCUCAGAGAGGAGCUGCUCAGAGAGGGCUCCCUUUCGUUCCUCAUAAACAUGAUGAGGUACUUGCCCCAGUUCCGACUGAACGGCCGCGGCCCCUUCACCAUCUUCGCCCCCAACGGACUGACGUCCGCCGCUGGAUUCAAAGCAAUGAAAGCUCUGUGGGGCGGAGGGGUGCGUGACAGGUUGGGCUACAUCCUCCAGAGCCACAUAGUCAUGGGCCACCUGCUCACCGCAAGCGACCUCGCCGUGCCCAGGAACCUCACCUCGCUGUCAGGGGAGGUUCUGACCACCGGGGGGUCUCAGGGAAACAUCCUGAUCAACGAAGCUAACGUGACCCUCAGCGGCACGGCCUGUGUCAACGGCAUCAUCCACGAGAUCGACUCCUUCCUGGUCUCACCCAGCGUGGAGAGAGGGAGCCACACGGCCUCACCCCUGAACCUGACGGAUGUGGCGGCGCGUAACGGAUACACGAGCUUCUACAAGCUGAUGGAGGAGACGGGCGUGAUGGACGGCCUGGGCGACGUCCCCCCCGUCACAGUCUUCCUGCCCUCCGACCGGGCGUGGUCCUCCCUGUCCCAGCAGCAAAGGGACUUCCUGUACGACCCGCACAACAGAGAACAGCUGCUGGAGUAUAUCCGGUACCACGUGGUGCCCUCCAGACAGGUGUUCUCUCUAGAUCUGGGUCUCAUGGAGUCGGCCCGUAGCCUGCAGGGAUCGCAUCUCCGCUUCAGCCGCGGCGGACUGGACGCCAUCGGGGCGCUCUUCAUCAACGAGGGGAAGUGUCGCGUGGUCCAGAGGAACAUGGCCUUCAAGGACGGGGUGGCGCACGGCAUCGACUGCCUGCUCACGCCGCCCAGCCUGGGGGGCCGCUGCGACGAGCGGACCAGCUUCGAGGUCGAGAUGAGCUGUUCCGUUUGCCUGCGUGCCUCGUCCGAGUGUCCGAGCGGAUCCAAAAAGAAGGGCCACCAGCCGUGCGACCUGCCCAUGCUGUCCUACCAGAAAAACUCUGGCUGCCAGCCCACCUGCAUCUUCAACCAAUGGCAGCCCAAAUGCUGCGCGGGCUACUAUGGGCGGGACUGCCAGGCUUGCCCGGGGGGAGCAGGGUCCGUCUGCAGUAACCACGGCGACUGUGACGCCGGUCACCUCGGCAACGGCACCUGCAGCUGCCACGACGGGUUCGGGGGCACGGCGUGCGAGCUGUGCGACGACGGGCGCUUCGGGCCGGCCUGCCAGGCCUGUAACUGCUCUCAGCGGGGGGUGUGUCUGGACGGGCGGCGGGGCAGCGGCGCGUGUUUCUGUGAGGAGGGCUGGACCGGGGCCCACUGCGAGGUGCAGCAAGCCGCGGCCCCGGUCUGCGCCCCGCCCUGCUCCCCACAGGGGGUCUGCCAGGACAACAACACCUGCAUGUGCGCGCCCUUCUACCAGGGAAACGGAUCCACAUGCACACUGGUGGACCUGUGUGCUGCGGGGAACGGCGGCUGCGCUGCGGGGGCGCGCUGCCGGCAGACGGGGGUGAAGGUGGGGUGUGUCUGCCCAGCGGGGCACAGCGGGGACGGCUUCUACUGCCAGCCCGUCGACCCCUGCUCCCUGACGGACAACGGGGGCUGCCACGAGCACGCCACCUGCACCAUGACCGGCCCGGGCAAGAAGAAGUGCGCCUGUAAGAACAACUACAUUGGUGACGGGGUCAAGUGUGAGGUCAAGGAGCUGCCAAUCAACCGCUGUCUCCAAGACAACGGCGCGUGCCACCUGGACGGGGAGUGCACGGACCUCCACUUUGAGGACGCCACGGUGGGGGUGUUCCACCUGCGCUCCGAUAAGGGCCCCUACAAGCUGACCUACGCCGGCGCGGCGGCGGCCUGCGGGGGGGAGGGGGCCGGCCUCGCCUCCUACAAACAGCUGUCCUACGCCCAGCAGGCGGGCCUCAACCUGUGCUCUGCGGGCUGGCUGACGGAGGCCCGGGUGGCGUACCCCACCACCUUCUCCAACCCCAACUGUGGCUUCGGUCACGUGGGCAUCGUGGACUACGGCACCCGCAAGAACCUGAGUGAGACCUGGGACACCUUCUGCUACCGAGUCAAAGAGGUGUCGUGUGCGUGUAAACCCGGGUACGUGGGCGACGGUUACUCCUGCUCAGGGAACCUCCUCCAGGUCCUACAGUCCACACCGGACUUCUCCAACUUCUAUACCCAAAUCCUGAACUACUCCCGGAGCUCCCGGUCCGGGAAGGAGUUUGUGUCGCGGCUGAGUGACCUGAGCACCAAGAAUACUCUGUUUGUACCGGACAACUCGGGCCUGCUGGAGAACCAGACGCUGACGGAGAGGGACAUGGAGCACCACCUGUCGGAGGGCGAGGCGCUGGCCCUCAGCCAGAUGAAGAACGGCAGCCGGCUGAGAACCCGCCAGGGCAGCCUGACCAUCCAGGGGCUGGUGGACUUCAUGAACCCCGACACACUGUCCUCCUGCUACGUCAACGAACGCUUCAUCAUCGACUCUGACAUCGUGGCGUCUAACGGGGUCAUCCACGUGAUCGCGGGGCCCCUGAAGGCCCCCCCAGCGCCCCACAAACCGCUCCAUGUGGGACACAAGGCCGGGAUGGGGGUGGGACUCGUGCUGCUGCUGGCGCUGGUGGCGGCGGUCCUCGUGGUGGGAUACCGCUUCCACGCGCACAGAGCCACACCCUUCAAGUUCAGCUACUUCAAGGAUGAAGGUGAGCAAGAGGAAGACUCCGCCCCUACGCCCCGCCACUCCAACAUCAUCAACCCCAUCUUCGACACGUCGCCCCCCGCAGAGCUGUUGCCUCCCAGUGCCGCCGAGGAGGACUCGCAGCAGGGGGUGAGCAACGUUUGCUACGACAUCAUUAAGGCCUGAUGUCCUCCAUACCCCCCCCCCCCCUAGAGACCUGGACCUCCUACAGACCCCUUUAGAGACCCUGGACAUCGAGACCUCGAGAGACCCUGGACCUCCUUCAGACCCCUUUAGAGAUCAUGGACCUCCUACAAACCCCUUCAGAGAACCUGGACCUCGAGACCUCUAGACCACCUGGACCUCCUACAGACCCCUUUAGAGACCCUGGAGCUCGAGACCUCUAGACCCCCUGGACCUCCUACAGACCCCUUUAGAGACCCUGGACCUCGAGACCUCUAGACCACCUGGACCUCCUACAGACCCCUUUAGAGACCCUGGACCUCGAGACCUCUAGACCACCUGGACCUCCUACAGACCCCUUUAGAGACCCUGGACCUCGAGACCUAGAGAGACCCUGGACCUGCUCCAGAACCACUCCAGGGAUCCUGGACCUCGAGAGACCCUGGACCUGCUCCAGUACCACUCCAGGGAUCCUGGACCGGUGAUGUCAAGUGUUACUAUGAGCACCAGUAGCUCCUCCGCAGAAAAUGACCAGUAAUUCAGCCCAGUAUCCUGAAGUCAUUUCAAAUCAUUUAUUAUAAUUCUGUUGCCAGCGUUCAUUUUAUCCGACAGAUUUCACAUAAAUUAUUUUUCUGAACUAUACUCUAUAGAAUUGCACAUAAAGUUAAUACAUCUGAUGAUUAACGACAUAGUGGAAAUCAUUGAAAGGCGAUACAAGUUUUCAUAAUGCUGAUAACCGUGUCGUUUGUUAAUAAGUAUAUUUUACAUUCAGGAAUGGAAUGAAUACAUUUACAUCAAGUCCGUCAACAAGUUGUUGUCCGUGGGCAAUUACAGCUUGUUAUAUCAUACAAAGGUCAAAGCAAUUAAAAGUGUGCAGAAAGAUAUAUAAAUAAAUGACUCCUAACAUAAAA